CAGGCCAAUCUUAAUUUGAUUUAUUUAUUUGUCAUUAGUUUAAACCAAAUAAAGUAGCAAUACAAUAAUUAUCCAAAGUUAAACAUAUACCAUUUUCUUUUAAUUUAAUUCAUAAUUAUUAUUUUUUAGAUAAGAUAUAUUUAUUUCCGGUAUAUUUACCCUCUCAGAACCUUAAUGACGUGCAUGUUCCCUGGGGACCGCUUUUAGCUGAACACGGAAAAAGCAAGACCGGAACGAAAGGCCAUCCUGCAUCAGUCCUGCGUCAGUCCUGCGUUGACAGAUGGCAGACGUGACCUCUCCAGGCUACAGUACUGUAAUCACAGGAAGAUGAGGUGUAGCUGCUCCAGGCACAUCCUGGGACACAGCUCACCUGGACCCAUUUACUCCCCUCUUCUUUAAAACAACUUCAUCAUCAGGAGUCUGAAGUCUGUUUACUGCUGUUGAUAUGGACAAUAACUGGACAGUUGGCCUCGCGAUACUUCGCUUUUAUGGUUUACGAUGACCCCGAGCCUAAAUGACGCUGACCUCUGAUUGGUCCUGAACGGAACUUCAAAGCGAAACUACAGCAACUAUAAAGCAGUCCGUGAAGACGCGCUCACAUUCCAACAGACAGAAGUUAACACACACACACACUCUUGCCCUCGUCUCUCUUCUAACUCUCUCUCUCUCACACACACGCACACACUCAGACACACACUCAGACAGCCGAAGAUUAUUCCGCACAGAGAAUGGCUGCUACACUGCUGCGGGAGGAGCCCAGACUGGGCAGCACUCCGCUAGCCAUGCUGGCUGCCACCUGCAGCAGAAUCGGAGACCCCGGUCCAUCGUGUUCUCCUUCACUUUCCGACGGACCCUCAGGACUCACCAAAGGCUUUCAUACUUGGAGAGGCGGCGCCCCGCCGGGUGUCUGCAUCAAACCAUUCGGGGUUCCGCCCGGAUCCGCCAGCAGUGCUGGAACCAGACUUACAGAUACGACUAGUUCUUUUUCUCUAACCGCUGCUAAUUCACCAUUUGGAACCGAUUUCUCCAUGUACCAGACGACAAUGUCGGCAGAGAACACCCCCUCUGACCCGGCACACGCCCAGCGCUCUGUGUUUCUGCCCAAAUACCCCUCCUCGGUGGACGGUAGAGGGAUUUACCCUAGGAUGCAUCCAUAUGAGCCUUGGUUUAAAUCCGUAGAUGUCAGUAACGCGCCCUCCUCUUCUAGUUGGUGGGACAUGGGCUCUUGCUGGAUGGACGCACAGACCCAAGCCGGGUUACCGUCACCCCUGGGCGCCUACGGCGCUGACUACAGCCCGGCCUUUACCCCCGGUGCUUCUCAGCACAUCCUCUCCACCACACAGCACCUGUUUGACGGAUUUCGACCACCUGUUUCGACUUCCUUUAAGGACUCCACCACCAGUGGGGCAUCCGGGCUGCCAGGAACCGUCUCCGUGUCUGCGCCCGCGCCCGCUUCCUCCCGCGCCUCUUCUCGGCGUUACGCUGGCAGAGCCACGUGUGACUGCCCCAACUGUCAGGAGGCAGAGAGCCUCGAACAGGGGGGGUGUAGUCCGCGCCGGAGAGGGCUGCACAACUGUCACAUCCCCGGUUGUGGGAAGGUCUACGGGAAGACGUCUCACCUGAAGGCGCACCUGCGCUGGCACACCGGGGAGAGGCCGUUUGUUUGCAACUGGCUCUUCUGCGGGAAACGCUUUACGCGCUCGGAUGAGCUCCAGCGGCAUUUACGCACGCACACCGGGGAGAAGCGCUUCGAAUGUCCGGUGUGUCGCAAGAAGUUCAUGCGCUCGGAUCAUCUCAGCAAACACGCCAGGACGCACAGCGCCGAGGGCGUGGAGGACGGCGGGGAGCCCGGGGUCGUUCAAGAACCCACUGACACGGACCACAGCCCGAGUCAGUCUCCUGAGAUAAUCCAUGACAAAGUGGACAUUUGAUUAGAGGGUGCUGUCGAUCUCUGGACUCCUAAUUAUGUGAAAUGGCACUUUAUCGUAAACCUCCACGACUUCAGGUGGAACCGCGUCCUUACCUCAUAUGUUUUAUACUGUAACUUCUGUUUUUCAAAUCAAACGUUCUUUGUAGCCUGUUUUAGAUUAGUCUUUUAUGAAUAUUAAACAAUUUGUUAUUUAACGACACCCCUUUUCAUUCUCGUUUUUUGUUGUCGUUGUCUUUGCGUCAUACCGUCAUAUCCAAGGUGUAUACUUAAAAAAACACUGACUUAAAAAUGGAGUAUUGAUUGAUUUAUUUUAAAUAGGUUUCUGUCUCUGAGCCGAGAUAUUGUCUCUUUGUUAUAUAUUGCUUUUUAGGAGACUUUUCCUAAACCAACAUAAAAUGUCAUAACUGAUGGAAUGAGUUUUUGUUUCACUACUUCUGAACACAAACGUAGUGAAACAAAUACUAUAAAACACGCUAUGGUUUUGUAUUACAU